CUUUGUAUCUCAAGUCAAAAAUAUGUUGCUUGCUGGAAAUUUGAACAAAAUUGAAAAUGAAUAGCGAUAAAAAUGCAUUGCAGAAGGUUGAAGUUUACCCAAUUGGCGAUUGGAAGAAGCUGAAGCUGCUCAUGUGGAAGAACUGGAUCCUGCAAAGGAAUCAAAAGAUACAGCUCUUUGUAGCCCUUUUCGCGCCAGUACUGUUUAUGCUCCUGAUUGUCGCGCUCAGGGUAUUGGUUGCACCCGAUAAUCGGCCGAAACUUGUCUAUGAGCCGGUGUCCAUAUCGGACUUGCAGCUGUACAUGAACUCGUUCAUAAAGGGAAAUCGAAUUCUGCACGAAAAUGGAACCAUGAACAUACCCAAAUUGGUCCUCUGCUACACGCCCGAUGACGAAAUGUACAAGUCCAUAAUUCGGAGUACGGUCCACAAACUGCACCUGAUGGGCUGGCGAGCGUAUGGUUCGCGCCUUAAAAUGCAGGAGGACAUGGUGGAGCACAACUUUUUCGCUGGAGUUCAGUUCGAGGACAAGAGCAAUCUGAUACUGAACUCACGGGGAUAUCCCCUCAAGCUGAACUAUUCCUUGAGAUUCCCCAGCGAACUGCGGACGAUGCCAGGUCCGAUAAUAGAAACUUGGCGAACGGAUUCCAAGUUCAUGUAUUUUAAUUCGAGGGGAGCGCGCAAUUGGAAUAUAAGUGACGGCGGUGUUCCUGUUGGCUACGUAAUGGAAGGCUUCCUCCCGGUCCAGCACGUUCUCACCAUGUCCUGGCUUUCACUGGCGACGGGCUCGGAGCUGGCCGAACUGCCACAGAUCUGGCUCCGCCGUUUCCCUUAUCCUCCCGGUGUGAAUGAUCCGCUUCUAGCGGGUCUGCGGCGACUCCUGCCGUUCAUCAUCCUAUUGAGCUUCUUGUAUCCGAGCACCGUGGUUACCAGGGCGGUGACCAACGAAAAGGAACUGCAGCUGAAGGAGAUCAUGAAGCUGAUUGGCGUCAACAACUGGAUCCAUUGGGUGGCCUGGUUCGUCAAGAGCUACCUUCUGAUGCUCGGAGUGACGACAGUCGUAAUGAUAGUGUUGUUUGUGAGGUUUAAGGCUGGCUGCGCCAUCUUGAACUACUCGCAUGUCCUGCCUGUCUUCAUGUUCUUCCAUUGCUACAUCUUCUCGGGCAUUUGCUUUUGCUUCCUGGUCGCCAUUCUCUUCUCCAGAGCGAGCACAGCGGCGGCAGUCGUGGCCAUCGCCUGGUUCAUCACGUUCAUACCCUACUCCAUUGCCCAGCACCACUACGACAAACUGGAACUCAGCACGAUGCUACUAAUGUCCUUCGCCCUGUGCAACUCGGCCCUGGGCUUUGGCUUGCACAUUAUCAUGGACUGGGAGGGCACGGGCGACGGCUUGACCAUGACCACUACUUUCCAGCCCCUGACCGAGGACCACUCCCUUACAAUCUACCUGGUGAUGCUAAUGCUGACCCUGAGUGGUGUCUUCUAUCUCACCAUUUGCCUUUACGUGGAGCAGGUUCGUCCCGGCGAGUUCGGAAUACCUCGCAAGUGGAAUUUCUGCCUCAAUCGGAAGUUUUGGUUUGGCCAACCCAAAGAAAAGCCGCGACGGCGUUCCGGCUCCAUACAGCGUAUCCUCGACAAAGACAAGUCCCGGAGAGUGCAGGCGAUCGGAGUGCGACUGAUAAACCUGGAAAAGUGCUUUGGCCACCACACGGCUGUCAGGGGCCUAAACCUGAAGAUGUACCGCGGCGAGAUCACCGUCCUUCUGGGCCACAAUGGAGCUGGCAAGACCACGACCAUCAAUAUGCUGACAGGAAUAAUUGCGCCCACCAAGGGCACGGCAUUCAUAAACGGUUACGAUAUCCGAACCCAGCUGGCAGAGGCCCGCCAGUCGAUAGGGAUUUGUCCGCAAAACAAUAUCCUUUUCAGCCACAUGAGUGUCCGAGAUCACAUCGUGUUCUUCAGCAAGCUGAAGGGAGUACACGGAUCGGAGGCGAUUAAAAAAGAGGUGAAGAAGUACGUCGAUAUAUUGGGACUGGAGAGAAAGUCGAAGACAGCUUCCCGGAAUCUGUCCGGCGGAAUGAAGAGGAAACUGGCUCUGUGCUGUGCCCUGUGCGGCGAUGCUAAGAUAGUCCUGUGCGACGAGCCGAGUUCCGGGAUCGAUGCCGCCGGACGACGGAGUCUCUGGGAACUGCUGCAGGCGGAGAAGAAGGAACGCACCAUCCUGCUGACCACCCACUACAUGGACGAAGCCGACGUUCUUGGCGAUCGGAUAGCCAUCCUGUCUGACGGCCAGCUGCAGUGCUGUGGCACGUCCUUUCUGCUGAAGAAGCGCUACGGUCCCGGCUACCAACUGGUCUGCAUCAUGAAGAAGGGAUGCGACGUGACUGCAGUAACUCGGCUCAUCAAUCGACACCUGCCCCAAAUCAAAAUCGAGCGACAGCUGGGCUCAGAACUGACCUACCGCCUUCCGAAUAUAUACUCCAAAAAGUUUCCGCCCCUGCUGAAUGAUCUGGAGAAGAACUCGGCCGAUCUGAAGCUGGACGGCUACGGGCUGAGUGUGGCCUCCCUGGAAGAUGUCUUCAUGCAGGUGAGCAGCAGCGGCAGACAGGCGGCAGGUGAAUCCACGACCGACUCAAUACCAGAAUCCCCAAAGACCGAGAAGAAGUCCGGGUCGUACAGCUUUUCGGACCUCAUAUUUGACUUGAAGACCAAGGAGAGCCACUCGUGUUCGCGCUGUUGCUCGGUUUGGCAAGGACUCAUCGCGAAAAAGUUCUUCAUAACCCUUCGAUUCUACUGGAUACUGCUGGCGAUAAUUAUCCUUCCCAUUGUGAUCAUGUCACUGGCCGUCCUCAACUCGCGCUCUGGUCAAACCUACUAUGAACUGCCACCUCUGCACAUAAGCCUGGAUGACUACAAGAUGGGCUACGUCAUACUGGAGGACAAGGCUGAGCCGCCCCUGGAUAAGGUGACCCAAGCCUAUGUAGACUACGUGGCCGGGUUCGGCCGCCGGUACAAGCUGAUAAACAUCGGGGAUGAGGAGUUCAACGACUACAUCUUGGGAAGGGACAAGGACGAGCACUUUGAAGUAUACUUCGAGACCUUGGCAGGGGCCACGAUUGCCAAUGGUAACAUGACCGUAUGGCUAAACAACAACCAUCUGCACACGGCUCCCCUAACCCUCAAUUUGCUGCACAAUGCCUUGGCCACCACUUUGCUAGGGGCCGGGGCCUAUACGGGAGUUACGAACGAACCCCUGCCCUACAGCAAGGACACCAUGUCGAUGCGACUGAACAAGGGUCUGCGCCUGGGCGUCGAAAUCGCCGUGCACUUAGCCCUGAGUAUGACCUCCAUAACGGCCUUCUAUGCGAUUCCCAUCAUCCUGGAACGCGAGUCCCGGGCCAAGCUCAUACAGUUCCUGAGCGGCGUGGGUGUGUUCGCCUACUGGGUGACCCACUACGUCUGGGACUUUCUGACCUUCACGCUGUCGGCGAUCUCUAUCAUACUAACCCUGGUCUCGUUCCGGGAGGAGGCCUUCAAGGAGUUCAAUUAUGUCUGCUACAACUUUGCGGUUAUCUUGAUUUUCGGCUGUGCCGCGUUGCCGGUGAGCUACGUCAUCUCCGGAUGUUUCUCCGACAGUGCCUCGGGAUUUACCAGAAUCGGUAUAUUUAACACCCUUACGGGGCCGGCCUUCUUUAUGCUUAGGAUUACAUUUUCGCUGGAGGAGUUGGGCCUGCAGAAUGUUGGGGACACACUUGCCUGGGUCUUCAGAAUCUUCCCCCACUUCAGUCUGUCCAGCGCCAUACAUCACCUCCACAUUGGCUACAAUAUUCGACGAGGCUGCAAGAUGGGCGCCAAAGGUCUGUCCCAGGCAACCCUUUGCAGCAGGCUGCCCAUUUGUUGCGACACACCGAAGUACUUCGGCUGGAGGUCUCCUGGUGUCCUGCCGGAAGUCGUAUAUAUGGCAGUGGUAGCACUUGUUCUCAUGGCGCUUCUAGUCAUAAAGGAUGCCAAGAUACACUAUUUCAUAAACGAUCAGAUGCGCCGCGGUGUUAAGUAUGCCUCGAAGAAGGCCAAGGGAAAGGUAAUGCCCACAACCUACUUGGAGAACACGGAUGUGAACCACGAGAGGCUUUUUGUUAAAGGUGUGAAAAGUGGCGAGAGGGAGCGCAUACCCCUUCUGGUGGACAACAUCAGUAAGAAGUUUGGCAAGAAGUACGUUGUGAAGAACAUCACGUUCCAUGUGGAUCGAUCUGAGUGUUUCGGCCUCCUGGGCAUCAAUGGAGCGGGAAAGACCACCACCUUCAAGAUGCUAAGCGGCGACGAGACCAUCACUUCCGGGGAGGCCUACAUCGAGGGCAUAAGCCUGUCCAGGCACUGGUACAAGGUGUAUGGCAGGAUCGGCUACUGUCCCCAGUUCGAUGCCCUGUUCAACGAUCUGACAGGACGACAGACACUGAGAAUUUUCUGCUUAGUGCGAGGAAUCCAGCGUCGCUACAUCAGCACCGUUUGCUGGGCCCUGGCCAUCGCCUUCGGCUUCCAGCAGCAUAUGAAUAAGCGGGUGAAGUACUACAGUGGCGGCAACAAGCGGAAACUGAGUGUCGCCAUUGCCGUGAUUGGAAGUCCUGCUGUUGUCUUUCUGGAUGAACCGACGAGCGGAAUGGAUCCGGGGGCGCGGCGGCAUCUGUGGAAGAUGAUCGGCAUGAUCCGGGCCGCCGGAAAGUCCAUUGUUCUCACAUCGCACAGCAUGGACGAGUGCGAGACUUUGUGCACCCGCCUGGCCAUCAUGGUGGAUGGCGAGUUCAAGUGCAUCGGCUCGGUUCAGGCCCUGAAAAACACCUACUCGAAGGGACUCAUCCUGAAGAUAAAGGUCAAGCAGAGAAAGAAGGCUCUUCAGAGAGUGAUAGAGAACUCAUCGUCCGACGACGUCCUGAUGGAAUCCACUAGCUACGACAAUAGGAGCCUGAACACACGUAGUAUGCACAGUAUGCACUCCGUCGAUGCACAAUCCCGGUCCAGAGGAACAGUCUACUUGUUCAAGGACACUGACUUUGAAAGCCGAAUCCAAAACGUAAUUUUAUUUAUAGGCAAUGCAAUUCCAGAUGCUGACUUCAGGGAGGAGUACAACGGACUGCUCACCUACUAUAUACCGCAAACGAAAAUGUUGCCCCAAAUAUUUCAGUUGAUUGAGAACAACAUGAAGAAAUUAAAUAUUGAGGACUAUCUGAUAAUGCAGACGCGUUUGGAGGAAAUAUUCCUAGAGUUUGCCUUGAACAGGCCCCCAGAAGAAGCGAUUGUAAAAAGAAAAUGUUGCCGAUGAAAAUGUUUGGAUUGGAAAAUGAUAAUUUGUCAAUAUAAACUUUCUACCUGUUUCUACGGGUUGUCAUGAAUAAAAACUUAUAUUUGGUACAA